AUGCCUAGCAACGACAGCCACGACUCUCAGUUGCUGCGGCACUACGCCCAGUUUUUCCCAAAUGUGCUAUUCACAUCGGAAGAAGAGAUGGAGAAGUACUGCCAGGAGGCCAGGCCGGAUGCGGUGAGGAAGGUGCUUGACCUUCCGGAGGGGGAAGAAGUCCCUGAGGAUGUCAUGAAGGACCCCCGCGCGCACUUGUAUAUAUUAAUGCAUAUUGUGGGGCGCAAUGCAACGACGGCAGCGUUUGUUGCCCUGCGAGGGUCCGAUAAGCAAAAGGUAGUGGCGAAGUUUAUUAUGUUAAAUGAUGAGAAGCAGGCGGCAUAUGCACGGAGCGAGGUUCACUGCCUGGCUGCUUGUGACCACUUUGGCAUUGUCAAGCACUACGAUGAUCUGAAGUCAGAAGAUAAAGCUGCUACUAAUCAUGGAGUUCGGCAGUGGCGGCGAUCUUAA